AUGCCAACCUCCACUGGCAGCCGCAAACCGGUGCGGUCUGCCUCCACCAUCAUAGCCGGCACGGAGAGCGGCCAGCACCUUCUCAAGAUCGACGGCUACUCCCACACCAAGGACAAGCUCCCGACCCCCGGCAGCAACGUCAAGUCCCGAUCUUUCCGCGUCGGAGGCCAUAGUUGGCACAUCAGCUACUAUCCCAGCGGCAACGACUCGGACAAAGCUAACUGCAUCUCCAUCUUCCUCAACCUCGACGACGAUGUAGACGUGAAAGCUCAGUUCAAGGACGUGCUGGAGAAAUCGGAGUAUCUCCGGGACGACUGCCUCACGAUCGUGUGCGACCUCACCGUCUUCAUGGAGCUGCAGACGGAGGACAUCGACGUAGACACCGCAACGCCGCCGCCGCCGCCGCCGCCUACGGUGGUGGUCCCACCGUCGGACCUGCACCGGCACCUCGGAGGCCUCCUCGCCACCGGGGAGGGCGCCGACGUGACGUUCGAGGUCAGCGGGAAGACGUUCGCGGCACACAGGCUGGUGCUCGCGGCCCGGUCUCCGGUGUUCCGUGCAGAGCUUUUUGGGCCAAGCAAGGAGCUGGGUGCCACGACCGGCGGCGCGGUGGAUCACACCGCCAUACGCAUCGACGACAUGGAGGCGCGGGACUUCGAGGCUCUGCUCCGCUACAUGUACACCGACUCGCUGCCGGAGCCAGAGACGACGAAAGGAGGAGGGGACGCGGCGGCGAUGCUCCCGGACCUGGUCGCGGCGGCGAGCAGGUACAAGAUGGAGAGGCUGAGGCUGGUGUGCGAGCACAAACUGUGCGAGUACGUGAACGGGAGAACGGUUGUUUCCAUGCUUGCAUUCGCCCGGGAGCACCAUUGCGAUGGCCUCAAGGAGAAGUGCUUGCGUUUCCUCGACGAUCCAGUGAAAGUGAGAGAGAUCGUGAAGGCUCGAUAA